AAGAAAAAGAAAAAGGAGGCAAAACGACCCACCCGCUUCACAUCUCCCAAGCUCCUCGUCUCGUCCUCGUCGUCGCGCGGCGGCGCAUCCAAUCCCUCCUCGCUCGCAUCGAAAGCGAUAAAACCCUCGCGAAAAUCUCGACCCCGAGGCGCGCCGAUCGGAUCGCCUCUCCUCUCCAUCCCCUCUCCAGAUCCCGAUCCACCGGGGAGCCUCGGAUCUCUCGCCGGAGGCCGGGCCCGGAGCGCGCGCGCGCCCUUUUUCGCGGGCAGAUGCGAUCCACGCCGCGCCCCCGCCGCCGGAGCCGACGACGAGUCGGCUGACGCCGCCGCCAUUCCCUGCUUCCGAUUCUGCCCCGCGCGCCGCCGGUUCGAUGGGCUCCCGCAGGUUCGCCGCGGUUGUCGUCGUGCUCCUCCUGGCUUUGGCCCUGAUUCCCGGCCCCGCGGCGGCGGCGGGUAGGGCCCUGCAGGGCGAGAAGGCCCGCCCCAGCGAGGCAGCUCCUGCACCUACCGUCGCUGCAGGUGGAUCACAUAAAGAAUCGGCGAAAUCGUCAAAUGGCCAGAAUCCUGUGACCAAGGAGACGCACCACCAAACGCCACCGCCGGCAAAGCCGCCGAAGGAUCAAACACCACCGCCGCCACCAGCUGUGUCGGAGAGCAAGGGGCAGAAGGGGGAUGCCGGUAAUAACUCUGGGCACCCGGUGCCACCGACGGAUGCGCAUAAGACGAGUCCCCCGCCUGAAGGUCCCGGGCCAACUGGUGGGAAGGAGCAGGAAGGAGGAGCGGGUGGGGAGAAGAAGAAUCCGACAGAAGAAAUUAAGAAGGUGUUGAGUUGUGAGGAUGCAGCGGAGAAAUGUUCUGUUCCAGGAGAAAUUACCGCUUGCCUUCAGGUUUUUAAGGAUGGUUCAAUUAGGCCAUUUGUUGUAGUCCAGAAUGAAGGGCAGAAUGAUGUUAAGGUCGAUGUUGUUAUUGAUGGUAAAAUGCUGCCAUUACAGCUGGCCAAGGGCUUCUCCAGACAGGUAAACAUAACCUAUAGCAAUCCAAAUGGUGUAGAAAUUACAGUAAAAUCUGGGAAGGGGCAGUGUUCCUUACACACCAAGCAAACAGUUUUUGAUUGGCAACAACAGUUUCAGCAGUUUGCAGCUUAUGCAACACGCGCGAAUCCAAUCUACGGAGCCUCCUUCCUUGUUUUCACUGUUGUCUUGGUGGGAGUGGUCUGUGCUUGUUGCAAGUUUGCAAGAAGGCGUGCUAGUGGAGUCCCAUAUCAGCAACUUGAGAUGGGAGACCAAGCCCCCAACUCAUCAGGCGUGGAAAACACUACAAGCACUGUGGAUGGUUGGGAAGAUGGCUGGGAUGAUGACUGGGAUGAUGAAGAAGCGGCAGCAAAACCUUCAGAUAAGAAACCAUCUGGAAGUAUCUCUGCAAAUGGCCUUUCUUUGAGACCUCAGACCAAUAGCAAAGAUGGCUGGGAUGUAGAUUGGGAUGACUAAGCUGCAUAGAAUGUUGAGAAAUGUGAUCUGGACGAGCUGCAGAAAAAGCACAGACAAACUGAUAGCAUCUGUGAUUGACAAGGUCACUCGCAUUCUGGAAGAUAGGUUUGUCUGUCUUCAUACGGUUUGUACCAUAUUGUUCCACUACUACUUUUUGUUUCUAGGCUGAUACACAAACUGUUAGUGGGUACAAAUUGUAAUUUCGGUAGUAACACAACAGCACGGUUUCUUAGUUACAUGACCAAAACACGAACUGUAAUUUUUUUGACAGAGGUAACUAUCAUUGUUUUCCAUUCGUAAAAAAAUCAGAUUGAAAAACUCUUGCAUUAGUAUGCUACUGUCACUUCGCUUUAGUCUUUAGAGCUGUGCAGAAGCAUUGCUCUCGCCCUUUCCAGCACUAGCAUUCUUCACCUUUUUUUUGUCUCUUUGUCCGUUUCUUUUGCUCUGUACAAUUCUUCAGCUUUUGCCUGUUGGCUUCCAUUUAAUAUUCAGUUCAGGCUGUAUUGACCUUGCGUGAAUAAAGAUGAAUAUCAUCUAUUUUGA